AUGUUGGAAAUAAGAAACUUGAAACAACUAACCAAAUUGAAGUUGGUUAACUAAAAUGUAUUAUUAUAACUAUCUACCCUUAGGAAGAUGAUUUGAUGAUAUCAUCAUUUAUAUUAGGAUAUUUGUAAGGCAAGAGUAAUUCUAUUUCUUUGGAGUUAUUUCAAUAAAAUUUAGAUAUCUUUACUAGUUUGAAUGAGUUUAUGAGUAUGAAAUUCUACAAUUAGGAAAGAAUAUAUCGGUUAUAUAAUGAUGCUUUGUUAGGAUCUAAAGAUGUAUUGCUUUAAAAUUUAAGUCUAGUUUAUAAUUCUCUGUUAUGAAUUAGAAAGAGAAGUUUUAAACUCUUGUGAAGGAGAAUAGAUUCAAGAAACCUAGAGUUUUAUAUUAUAGAUUCCAUCAGAUAUUUAAAGUUAAAUAAUUCUUCAAACCUAAUAGAAUUAGGAUAGAAAUUCUAUAAAUAAUUCAGAAUGGGAAUUAGAAUAAAAAAUUUCUUCAAUAAUUAAAUAAAAUACUUUGUUAAAAAAUUAUAACAAAGAAUCAGAUAAAUAUGAAUUAAUCUAAAAAUUACAGAAAGAGUAAGUUAAUUCUUAAUAGUUGAUAGAUUUGAAGAAGACUAAUCUAUUUAAGCGCUGAACUUUAAACUAAAUUCUUAGAAUUUCUCAUAAAUAAUUGAUGAAGAUAAGUAUAAGUAAAUCGAUUGUUAAAUUUGUCUUGAAAAAAUUGUAUUCUAAGAGAUGGCACCUUUGUAUUGCUAACACAUUUUUCAUCAGAAAUGUUUAAAUCAAUAUUGCAUCCAUUAAAUGGGAGAUAAAAAGAUUCCAAUUAAGUGUCCUUCUUAAUGCAAUUAGACAAUUAUCUAUUAAGAUUUAAAAGAAGUGUUAGAUUAGAAAUAAUUAUCUGAAUUUUAAUAAUUAUCAUUUAAAGCUUAUGUUUAAAGUCUUGGAAAUUAAGUAUAAAAACCAAUUAUAUUAAUAGUAUUCAUGGUGUCCAACUCCUAAUUGCACAUAUGUUUUUAUUGUAGGAAAGAGUUUCUAAUUGGAUUGUCCUGUUUGUCAGAAAAAAUAUUGUUUAGAAUGCAAAAUUGAAUAUCAUAAUGGAUUUUCAUGUAAAGAAUAUCAAGAGAAACAAAAAACAUAGUCUAGAUUAAAAAAUGAAAAAUAUUUUGAUGAUAGAUUCUUCAGCUUUAUAAAAGGAGCAAAGUUUAAAUAAUGUCCUUAAUGCAAAUAUUGGGUUGAAAAGAGUUAAGGUUGUAAUCAUAUGACUUGUUUGUGUAAAUUUUAAUUUUGUUAUGUUUGUGGAGGAGUUUAUAAUAAAUGUGAAUGUAAGAAAAAUAAUUUUUUGAGUUUUCAUUUUUUUUGA